AUGGAUAUGGACGAGGAUGACGAUCUCUAUCAGCCAGAAGAGCCGAAGAUUGAGCACGACGAGGAAAAGAAGCCCAAGGUGGAAGAGCUAGAAGAGGGCGAAGAGGAGGAUGAAAGCGGCGCAAUGGAUGAGGACGAUGACGACGACUCAGAUAUAGACAUCAUCACAGAGCGAAAAGACGGCACAAAGGCAGCACCACCACCGUAUGUCAACCUCGCCAAAUAUAGCGACAUCAGAAAUAUUCCCCAACGAUCAGCCUCCAACGACACCCCGGCGAAAGCAUCAGUACCCAUCAAGAGGGACGAAGACUCGAAGCCGACGAGCGCCCUGAACAUUGCGGCUCCCAGCGCAGAUCAAACAUCAGCUGCUGCCUCAAAAUCAACAAUCGACAUCAAUGCUAAUCCAAUCCACCCUGCCGCUGGCAAGCCUAUAACACAAGUCAACAUAGACGAAGAUCUACCAGACAGCGACAAACCGUGGCGUAAGCCAGGCACAGACAUUAGCGACUACUUCAACUACGGCUUCGAUGAGUUCACAUGGGCUUUAUACGCUGCCAAGCAAGAAUCGAUUCGCGGCGAGUUUGGUGCCGAUGCUUUCGCUGCCAACAACAAGAAGAUGAUGGAAGACUUCAACAUGAUGAUGAUGGGAGGCAUGGGUAUGCAGGGUGGAGGAGGUGCAGGCGCUGGCGCUGGCGGAGGCAUGGACCCUUCUCAAAUGGACCCAAGCCAGAUGGCGGCCAUGUUCUCUGGGAUGCAAAACACCGGUGGCAAUGCUGGCGCGCAAGGCAACCAAGGGCAAAACUUUGGCGGCGGCUUCGGUGGAAACCAAGGUGGCUUCGGCUAUGACCAGGGCAUGGCGGGAGGCGGCAGUGGAAGAGGUGGAUUUGGAGGCCGUGGCCGCCGUGGCCGAUGCGGAUACGAACAGCACGUGGGUUAUCAUGGACAGGACCAGAGAUCAAUCGCGAUAACAGGCCACUUCUAUCAACUUCAAUUUUCUGAAGCUAGUUUUACAGAAGCAUUGGCAGCAAAUCGCUCACAUUCCUACCUCCUUAUCACGGUAGAAGAUAGUUGGGGAGGUUUGAUGGGCAUGAUGAUAUAG